UUGUUUUUUGUUUUAUUUUCAUUAUUAUUAUCACAUUACCAUUACCAUUGACUUUAUAUUUAACGAACGAAUUUCGAUUUUGUAAUUUAUCGACGAAUAUAUAAUAAAUAAAUUAUGGCUGAUAAUCUUAAUGUUGGUGAUGAAUUGGAUUCGACAAUUGUCGCCGAUCAUAAUAAAUCGUCUAAAAAUACAAACGAAGUUUGGGAAUAUGAAGCACCACAUUUUUUUGAUUUCAACCAAAUGGAUGACCAAUCUAAUCAUGAUGGUGAUGAUAAUUAUUUUUUGAAAAAUCAUGAAUAUAAUGAUGCUAAUGAUAAUGUUAAUGAUGAAUCAAUUAAAGAAAAUUUUUCUGAUGAAUCUUCAAAAUCUUUAUAUCAAACACCGGAAUCUAAAUUGGAUAAAACAUCAUUACCAAAUUUUUCAUCCAAAUAUGAAUUGCGUGAAACACCAUUACGAUGUUUAUAUCAGAAUGGUCAUACACCAUUGCGGCAAAAACGUUCAACCAUUGCUGAAUUCGGUAAACGAAAAAGCCUUUCAUAUCGAAAAUCCCGAAAAUCUGUUCAAAGCUCAAAAAAAAUUGAUGAUAAUGAUGAUGAUGAAAUCAACAAUGUUUCAUUCAAUAUGACAAAAAUGGUUCAAGUAUUGGAUCAAGUACAAUUGACCGGUGACCAGCAGGUACAAUCACAACAAGAAGAAAUGAUUCCACCAGAACCAUCAAAUAACAAUGAGGAUGAUGAGAAUAGUAUCCAAAAAAAUUCGAAUGAAAUUAAUGAUGAAUCAAUGGAUGGCGUAUCAAACAUAACUAAUGAUGUUGUUGUUGUUGUUGAAGAUUUAUUGUCCGAAACCGAACAAGAAGAAACAAUGGAUAACUUUCAUGAAAUAUCCUCGGAUGAAUUGAAAGAACCGGCACAAUCCAAUGUUGAUCAAUCAUGUAAACGUCAUUCAUAUUUGGUAAAAAGUCCUAUUGUACGUUUUAAUGAUGAUGAAAAAGAAUCUUCGACCAAUGUUCUGGCCGUAUCUUUUGAUGUCGAUGGAAUGAUUAAAACACCAUCGACAUUGAAUGUUGAUGAAGAAAAAAAAUUGAAAAUUAAAAAUCGUAAAGCAACACCAAUGUUCAUAUUUAAAAAACAUGGUAUUAUUAAUAACAAGAAUAAAAAUGAUGAAACAGUGACAAAAUCAAAACCAAUGGUGAUGAAUAUUAGCAAAGAUCGAUCGAAAAAAUAUUGGAAACGAUUUUCACGUACAUUGAAUCAAGAUGAUGAUAAACAAGAUGAUGCUAAUAAUGAUAAAAAAGAAUUGGAUCAUCAUGAUGAUAAACAAUCGACAAAGAAUGUAAAUCUUGUCAUCGUUGAUAAAGAAAAUCGUGAACCAGUAACACCAAAAUCGAAAAAAGUAACUAAAAAAACAAUGUCUAUCGAUACUAUUAAUCGAUUAACUGCUUUGCCAAAAAGAAUUCAAACUGAACGACCAUCACAAAAAUACGUAUCGAUGGCCGAACAAACACAACGUUUUUUGAAUUCAGCACGGCAAUAUCAGCCAAAAACUUUAUGGCAACGACAUAAAUUGACCAAACCACGGCCACCACUUUUAUUGACUGAAAUUCGAUCGAGAUCUCGUCGCCGAAUUGAAACUGAAUCCAAUCGUGUUCAGUCAACAACAACAUCGUCAUCAUCAUCAUUAGAAACUAAUGAUGUAGCACAACAACAGCCACCGGCCAAACCAAUUGCUGAAAUUCCAUUAAUUAAAUCAAUGAAAAUUAAAUCCAAACGUCCAUUGACUAAAGCUCGAACACCAAAUUUUUGUACUGAAUAUCGUUCCAAAAUUUAUCAACUAAAACAUCGUAAUGAUAAUGGAAAUGGCAAAACAUCAUCAUCAACAAAUCAACCGCCGCCGCCGGUCGUAUUUCGUGCACGUCCAAUGCCGGAUUUUAAAAAAAUUCAAGCUCGUGUUGCUGCUGCCAAUCAGAUGAACAGAAUCAAGAACAACAACAACAAAAACAACAAAGUGUAAUAAUAAUUAAAAUCAAUAAUCAUGGUAUAUUUGUAUUCAUCAAAUUCAACUAAAUCUUUUUUCUCUCUUUUCAAAUAUUCACUAACUAACUACACUUCGAAUUGUAUUUUUAUAAUCUUUUUGUAUUUUCCAAUGGAAAUUAUCCAU